AUGUCGUCGGCUGCAUUGCAAUCCGCGCCUCAUCAGACAGCUACCUCCGUCACUCUCAAUUCACCGCCCUUGGUCGCCGCCUCGUCCGGCAGCCGCCACCAACAACAACAACAGCAACAAUUCCAGCAAUCGACCUCCUCGCCUGCUCGGGAUCCCUAUUAUGCAACUACGCAGAACAGCACCUCUUCACCUUCGGCUUCCAAACGGCCGACCAGAAAACAUAGCGGUAACGGCAGCGGCAAGGGAGACGCACCAUCCCAAAGCAACUCCCCAAUGAGUUCACGCGCUGCUCUCGCGUCCCCCAUCCCCGUCGACCCCUCCGACCAGUACCAACAUCCCUCCUCCGACCGUCGUAAAAACAUGCCCGCCACUUCGGUGCCACCUCGCACCUCGUCCCAGCACACUGCCGGCGUCCCUAGUGGCGCUUCGACCUCGAGGAGAUCUACGACACAAGGUGCCGACCGAUCGGCGUCGCAGCGGCAUGCAGGCAACGACGCGAACGGCCAGGUGAGCGCGAGCCAGGCUUAUCAGGAUGAAGCCGCCGCUCAGAGCUCUCGGAGCCGAAAGUCGGCACACACGGGCCCGGAUCAAUCGCACAAGGCAAGCAGCAGUAGCAGCCACAGAGACUCCCGAGCAGCAAGCGGGUCGACCUCGCUGCCUAUCAGGUCGCAGCAGACCUCAUCAACUACACCCCAGGGACCAUCCCGGGAAGCAAGCGAGAUCCUGAACAGCAUGCUGGUGUCGCAGCCCGAGGUGGAUAUUGAGCGGUCGCGCGCACGCGAAGCACUGGCACAACCGCAUCCAACCGAGACUCCCGACGAUGACACGGCCUCACCACCAGUGGUUGCAAGCGCCGAACCACAUGGCGAGGAGACACGGCGGGGUGGUCGGAGUAGGCACGACUUCAGCAAACGCGAGAAGCACACCAAGUUCGGCGAGUACAUAUUAGGCAACACCAUUGGUGAAGGCGAAUUUGGAAAGGUCAAGCUUGGGUGGAAACAAGAAGGCGGCAUUCAGGUCGCCAUCAAGCUUAUCAAGAAGGACCAGCUAGGAAGCAAUCCAUCUCGUAUGGCCAAGAUCAUGCGCGAAGUCGCAAUUCUGAAGCAACUGACACAUCCAAACAUCGUUCGGCUGCACAAGAUGGAAGAGUCUGAGAGGCACUUUGGCAUCAUCUUGGAGUAUGCUUCUGGCGGUGAGCUUUUCGACUACAUCCUAAACCACAGGUACCUCAAGGACAAUGCCGCCCGACGCCUCUUCGCACAGCUCGUUUCCGGCGUAGGUUAUCUGCACAAGAAGGGCAUCGUGCACAGAGAUUUGAAGCUGGAGAACUUGCUGCUGGACCGCAAUCGCAACAUCAUUAUCACCGACUUUGGUUUCGCGAACACGUUUGACCCGGUCGAAGAGCUGACGGAAGAGGAGGAAAACAAUCUGAGCGACCGGGAAUUCGUCAAGCGCAUGGGGUUGAAUCAGCUCAAGCCAAGCGGCAUGAGGAAAGGUGACCUCAUGCAGACGAGUUGUGGAAGUCCAUGCUAUGCUGCCCCUGAAUUGGUCGUCAGCGACUCCCUGUACACUGGUCGCAAAGUCGAUGUUUGGAGCUGCGGGGUUAUUCUAUAUGCCAUGUUGGCAGGCUAUCUACCUUUCGACGACGAUCCCGCAAACCCCGAAGGCGACAACAUUAACCUGCUGUACAAAUAUAUAGUCAACACCCCACUCACCUUCCCCGAAUACGUCACGCCUCACGCGCGAGACCUGCUACGGAGGAUACUGGUCCCAAAUCCUCGGAAGCGUGCCGAUCUAUUUGAAGUAGCCCGCCACAGCUGGCUGAGCGAGUAUGCCCAUGUGGUUGAGUUUAUCACGAGCAGCACCACGACCCCUGGAGAGAUCCAGAACACUACUGUACCCGCUGAAGAUGAGACACCAAUGGUCGCUCGCAGCGCAUCUGUCCGAGAAGCGCACAAGAAGAAUACCGUCGGCCCAUCGAUUGGUGGCCUAACUAGCAAACAAGGCACUGUUGACCCAGAUACCGAGGCCGCGAACCAUGCUCGACAACAGAGAGACAACAAGCGGAGGACUGUGCAGGUUGAAUAUGUCGCGCCCAACACCCAGACACAGCGUGGGGAGCCGGCAACCACCCACGGCUCAUCCAAGACCAGAGCCCGUUCAGGCAGCCAGGGCCCUGUUGAGGUCCAGUCGUCUUCUGCAAACGAGAAGCCAUUGCCACGCGACCCGCCAGUCACAAGGGAGUCGUACGGUGCGGCGCCCAUCUCCUCGAGGAGGCCUCCGAGCGCGCAUCUGAACAACCAGAACUUGGUGCAGCCAUCGAGGCCGAGCCGCGAAGGCAUCCGAGCAGCUUCUGAUGGCCAGUACAUGACGUCUGCUGGGGCAUCUGGACGACCGACAACCGGCGGCUCGACCGGUUCGAAGGGUUAUGGAACAGGGAGAGCUACUAUCCAACAACCCGCAGGUCGAGCAGCCUAUCCUGAGCCUUCUGCCAGUGAAGACCAAGGCUCGGACUACGGUAGGCCAAGCGUCAAUACUCCAUCCAAACUCUCGAGGGUCAGUGGCUACACUGGGGAGGCCGAUAGUACCGACUCAAGGGGCCACAGGCGGUCGAAUACGAUCGGUGACAUUGGCAACAAGAUCUUCGGUCGGAGCGGGUCUGUGUUCGGUGGUAGGAGCAACCGCAAGAGCCAGAUAUCUUCCGGAGAGAAGUCCAAGAAGUACCCCCCAGUCAGCAUGACGCAGCCGAUUUCCGACGAUGCUCCUGUACGUCCCUCGAUGGACUCGAAGCGAUCGCGCCGGUCUUUCUCGCUCGGACUUGGAAAGAAGAGGUCUGGAAGCAUGAAUGGGUCUCAGACUUCGUUGGACAGGCAGGCAAACAAGCGCUUCUCCUUGCUUCCCAGCUCAUUUUCUCUCAAGGCCAUUGGGCUGGGUAAAGAGUACGAUCAGGAGCCCCGUGACUCGCAGCGGAGUCUGCCAAUGCAGGAGCCGCCGCAGGUGGACGACACUGGCCGUUAUGUAGAGCAGCCAAGAGCACCCGAGGCUGCCGAUAUUGACGGAAUGUACGCUCAGCUGCAGGGCUCUCAGCAAUCGCAGUACCGGGACCCGAACCAGAGCCAGCGACAUAAUAGGAGCACCUCAAACCCCUACCAGAGUAAGCGACAAAGCGGCAUUCCAGCGCACAUGCAACAAGGCGCAAUUCUGAAUAGUGCUUCAGAUUCGUCCAUUGAGAAUGCGCAGCGGCCGACGAACCAAUCGGGCUACCUCGAAGAGCAGCAAGGCAGGGAAAACAAGAGAGCUUCUAGCCGAGGAACUCGUGGAUUACUGCAAAAGAAUAAGCGAUUCGUCGACGCAUAUGACAAGGACGAAUAUUCACGACACGGCAGCCAUGACCACGCUGGCAGUAGUGGUGCCGCGAGGAGGGUUAUGGAUUUCUUCCGCAGGAGAGGAAAGGACAGAGGCGGUGAUGACCGAUGA